AUGACGCCCUCUACCGUUCAGCCUCCGGCUCGACCUCCGCAAUACCCUCCUCCUCCAUACCACCGCCCUCACCCACCUGCCUCCACUGCCGCCUCCAACUCCGCCUCUAACGCCGCCUCUACCUCGUCCGCCCUUGGCCCUGCCAAGUCUCGUCGACACUCCCUCCCCUUCUCAUUCCCGCCGCUCUUCCAGUCCAAUACCUCGUCGACCAGUCUCGUCCCCUCUACAGCAGAAGGCAAGCCUAUCCCCGUGGAUGAUUCAACAGCUCAGCACCGUACCUCGGCCCUCCGCGAGUUCAACCACAACUUCCCCAGCCGCCACAGAUACGCAAAAUCCACCGGUGCCCAGAACAGCACCUACUCCCAGCCUGUCAUAGUUCGUAGCUACUAUUCGCCGCUACCGAGUCGUCCUAUAAGCACUGACCGCGGUGUUAUCAUUGUCAACGGUGGAGGCGCUCGCACGGCCGUAUCAGACAGUGGCGGACCAGCUGCCAUUGUGAGGCGUGUGCUUCCAUUCACUGCCAGCCUUACACCCGCCAGGAAUGGAAUGCUGGGAACCAUGGCUCGGACUCGCGCCAAGAAACGUCUUGAUGGACCCGAGGAGGCCAAACUCCCACCCAUUGAUGCAUUUCGCUUCAAGAGUUUCAUGGCUCACCUAGAAGACGAGAAUCCAGGCACCGACAUCAAUGCCGAUCUUGACCGGAUCGCUGAGAUAUGUGCCAAGUCCCGGUAUUCACUCAGCAACCAGUACGAAGUCCAUUAUGCCCCUCACGGCUCGGGCUCUUCGUUCUUGGCAGAAAGCGUUCAGACCCAGGAUUCCCAGGGACCCACGCUCCAGGUUGUCUCUUCUGAUGACGAGAGGAAUAUGAGGCGCCAGAGAAGGAGGCCAAUGGGAGUGAGGAGGAAUAGUCGGGCUAUGGGAACUCUGGAAACAAUCAUGUCAUCCAGUCGGUCUUCUGAUGAGGACAAGUCCAAGAAAAAGUCCGCGGCUGAGAUUGCUGAGGAUGUCCGUGGCAGGGCCACGAAAAAGGGAUCAAGGAAUGGAUCAUCCAAGUCCUCUCAAAGCGGCUCCGAAGCCAACCCAUCUCAAGUGGACGAUUCGCCCCCUAGGAUUCCACGUGCAAGGAGGUCCGGGUCUCUGGCUCUCAUCGAUGGUUCCCGGCAAAGCCUGGUCCUCAGUGAUACGACUUCUCCUAGAAAUUCGGCUAUUGGUCUAGUAAGCGAACCAGCUCAUCCUCGGACCUCUAGCAGUCAACUCGAGAUCCGCACUGCGCCUGAACCACCGCAGAAGGAGCACCGCAGCACGCCUAAGAAGAGAAAACUGGUCUCGCCCCAGGGGCCUGCUCAACCUAUUGUCCAUGGAUCGAUGUCCCCCGUGGACCCUCCAAACCCGAGGAACAGCAUCAUCUCAACACUGAGUGGCUGGAUGACUUGGCGCCCCUCGGAAUCAUCACCAACCCCCAAGGGUCGUGCAGAGGGAAGCUUACGAGAGCUCCUCAAAUCGACUGAUGUCAAAGGAAAAGGAAUUGAGGCUGUUGCCUACCCCUAA